AUGGUUAUGCUGUCGUGGGGGCAGCUGCAUGUACAUCACGCGCUGUGGCUGCAUGUACCCGGGCCUCUGACCAGGACCCCAAAGCCUCCUGCCAGGUGCUCAGCACCACCACGAUUCCGCUCUAGCCGGGGGACCUGCGGGUCCGUGGUGCCCGUGACGCCGUCCACUCGGAACAGCCGAGCUGUCAACGAGGAGGCUCUGGCCGAGGUGCGGCUCCGGGCCCAGCCCUGGUCCCAAGGGGCCCUGCGCACGUGUCCCCAGCUGCGCCAGAACUACCACCAGGACGCCGAGGCCGCCAUCAACCGCCAGAUCAACCUGGAGCUCUACGCCUCCUACGUCUACCUGUCCAUGUCUUACUACUUUGACCGCGAUGAUGUGGCUUUGAAGAACUUCGCCAAAUACUUUCUUCACCAAUCCCAUGAGGAGAGAGAACACGCUGAGAAGUUGAUGAAGCUGCAGAACCAGCGCGGUGGCCGGAUCUUCCUUCAGGAUAUCAAGAAACCAGACCGUGAUGACUGGGAGAAUGGGCUGAAUGCGAUGGAGUGCGCGCUGCACUUGGAGAAGAGUGUGAAUCAGUCCCUCCUGGAGCUGCACAAGCUGGCCACUGAUAAGAACGACCCCCAUCUGUGUGACUUCAUCGAGACGCACUACCUGGAUGAGCAGGUGAAGGCCAUCAAAGAGCUGGGUGACCACGUGACCAACCUGCGCAAGAUGGGAGCCCCUGAGUCUGGCAUGGCGGAGUACCUCUUUGACAAGCAUACCCUGGGGGACAGUGACAAUGAGAGCUAAUGCCACCAAGACGGCACAUGCAUGUUGGGGCUACCUUAACCUUUUCUAUAAACUGUACCAGAACAUCUACUUAAGUUCUUUAAUUCCUUCAAAUAAAGAAAUUUGGUACCUGG